UGGUGACGGUUCCAGUUGUACUAUAAAUUCUUUGGUUUAGACUUUGAACAGCUGUGUAUGUCACGUUACUUCGAGAUUGUCAGUUCUGUCAAAUCAUGUUCAGAGAAUUCAGGGUUAAUUUUGAACCAAUAUUAUGAGCUAGCAAAUUUUUAUCAUGUUCUCGUUUAGUUUUAUUAAGAUAAGAAUAUUUUUUUGUACAUAGGUGUUUGAUUAAGUUUACUCUAAGUCGAAGGUUCAAGUGAUUUCCUAUGGUUUUUAAAAUGUUUACUUCGAUGGAAAGCGCAUGAAAGAGAAUGAUGUAAGGAAGUAAAGUUAUACGCAACAUCGAAAAACUUGUGCGAGUAAUCAGUGUAAACCACAUUGUGUUCCGGAGUGGUCAGUAGCGAUCAGUGCCUUAUAACAGCAGUAUGGCGAGCAGCGCGAGGUGACAAGUCUUCUGUCCUUUCUUCUGUAUAACAUGAGGGGAUAAUGCCAGCUUCCUUUGCACAGUUGAACGAGGACAAGGAGAGCUCGCCGUGCCUGGAGCGAGGGGAUCACCCGACCGUGACGAUGUGGGGCGCACAGCGACGCGUGGCGCUCGACGUGCUGAUGGCCUGUUGGGGCAUCGGCACGUGGCUGGGCGUCAACGGGCUGUACGUGCAGCUGCCGCUGCUGGUGGAGCGCCUGCCCGAGGGCUGGGCGCUGCCCUCCUCCAUGGUGAUGGCGGUGCAGCUGGCCAACAGCGGCCUGCUCAUGUACGCGCUGCUGCGCCGGCUGGCGCCGCGCGUGUCCGACGCGGUGUACAUCUACGCGCUGCUGGUGAUCGGCACGCUGGCGCUCGUGCUCAACGCGUUCCUCUACGAGCAGACGGCGAUGGUGGGCGCGCAGGAGCGCUCCGUCGCCUACCUGUCGCUCACGUUCUUCGCGGCGCUCGUGGGCUGCACUAGCUCCGUGCUCUUCUACCCGUACCUGAGACAUUUUCGUGACGUGUACUUAGCGACGUACUUAGUGGGGGAGGGACUGAGUGGGUUCGUGUCGAGCCUGCUGGCGCUGGUGCAGGGCGUGGGCGGCGAGCCGCAGUGCCUGCCCUCGGCCGACAACUCCACGCUGGUGCCGCACUACCCGCCCGCGCGCUUCGACACCACGGUGUUCCUGCUCCUGCUGGGCGGGCUGUCGGCCACCAGUCUCACCAGUUUCAUCAUCAUCAAUAACUACAAGGGGUUCGCGUCGGAGCGCGUGGCGCCGGCGGCGGCGCAGAAGGACGAUGAGGCGACGUCGGUGCGGCCGUCGCUGAUGGCGCCGCGCUGGGUGGGCGUGAUGGCGCUGAUGGCGCUGCUGAACGCGCUUAGCAACGGCGUGAUGCCGUCUGUGCAGUCGUACUCGUGCAUGCCGUACGGCACGCGCGCCUACCACCUGGCGGUGACGCUGGGCGCCAUGGCCAACCCCGCGGCGUGCCUGGCGGGCGUGUGGCUGCGGCCCAUGCGCGGCCGCCUGCUGGCCGCCAUGCUGGUGGCCACGGCCGUGCCCUUCGCCUACAUCCUCGCCACCGCGCUGCUCAGCCCCACGCCGCCUCUGCAGUACUCCGCCGCCGGCGAGACUCUGAUCGUGGUGGCGUGGGUGCUGGCCUCGGGCACGAUCUCGUACGCGCGCAUGUGGGUGUACGGGUGGGCGCGGGCGGGCGGCGCGCGCGGCAUGCGCCUGUGCGGCGGCGUGGGGCAGCUCGGCUCCGUGCUGGGCUCCGCCUCCACCUUCUUCAUUGUCAACUACACGCAUCUGUUCGUGCAGCCCGACGCCUGCCCCGCUAUCAACCAGCUCAGCCUCUAGUGAUAAUAUAGACUCUGUUAAAUAUAGACUAUUUAUGUUGACGUUA